GAGGUAUGAACCGAACCGUGACUUCUGUGAACCGUUACACCCCUACUCUGUAUGUUCCAGUAUUUAUUUGCUGGGUUUAAACAAACACUAAGACCGGUGGCUUCUUCGAACGAUGACCAUCCUCCUCUUAUUCGGUUUCAAAGGUCCCUGCACACACAUUAUAAAAGUCAACAGCAUUCAAAACACAGUUUAGUUUCUAACAUCUCUCCUGAACACUAUUCAAACCAGACAAGUUUGACUGGUGAGUUGAUUUCAGAGUACAAUUCUGUUUGUUGGUAGCUGUUUUUGUGGGUUAAAGGUUAAUAUAAUCAUGGAGGUAAAGGUAGUUGUUAUGAAAUGUGAUGUUUACGAGUAAAUAAAAGUGAUAAAUAGUUAUUAAUGAAUCAUUUUAUGGUAUAAAUGCCAUGUCAUUGUUGUCAAAAUGACUAAUGUUUAAAUAAUGAAUCAUAUCAAGUGAAUGUAUCAUAUCUAUCAAACAAAGAUCUACUGUGUCCAAUUUAUGGCGCUGUAUUGUAGUGAUGCAGUGGUGCAAAAGUGUGUUGUUAAUUGGGGAGAGCACAGAGAGACAUUAUGUAAUUCCUCUCUGGUCAACAGAACCAUGCCUAGAAAGUUCAUGUCCUUAUUGGCAGGGAUGAGAAAGAGAGAUGCAGAUGUGAACCCUCUCUGGCUUCUCACCAGAAAAACUUAUUUAAUUCCAAAGGUCUCUGCAGAUCACAGUUUAAAAGUCAGAGACCUACAAGCAAACACACACUUUAACGUUUCUCCUCUUACCUGAACACAAUUCAGACCGGACAAGUUCAACUGCCACCAUGAAAUAUUUGGCUCUGGCUUUGCUGUUUUGUGCUUUGGCGUCGCGAUCAGAUGCUUCAUGUUACGCUAAGGCCUUACAACCAGGCAUGACCCAUUGUCAGGACGACAGUGAUCAUACCUGGCAUCCAGUUGGAUCUUUAUGGAGAAACAGUGAAUGUUUGGACUGUAGUUGCACUGGAUGUUGCCAAGCGUACACAACCCCCACAGAGGUCCCUGAAGACUGUGUGGCAGUUCUGGACACACAGGCUUGUGAAUACAUAGUGCACACAAAGGAAAACUCAAAUGGACUGUGCGAAGGAGUGAAGAUAUGGAAAAUGUCUGCCGUCUAAAAACGACUAACUAACCCCUCGACUCCUCUGCUGGGCCAUGAUGUUCGUCCCUUGAUUGGCUAGAGAUUACUGGAAGUUAUGCUUGUUAAAGGCAGCUUAAACAAAAUUACAUUAAAUAAAAUAUUAUAUUGGAGAGCUUUAAAAGAACGAAUAGUGUCAUGUCACACAAACACAGAAAUAUUAACACAAACAUUUUUAGUUGAUAAUGGAAUUGAUAUAGUUGUUAAUAAAUUCGAUACAACUUCUGUAUGCCAUGCUGUCUUGCGUUUAGAAUAUCGUUUUGCAUCAUAUUCGACUGUGACGGAGUCUAAAAUGUGCUAUUUGUAUUCUUGGAAUAAGAAAUUAUUGAUCUGUGCACAUAUUCAAUAUUUACCAGUACUUGUUUCCUGCACAAUUUCAAAUGUAUUGAGAAGAAACACCACUUCCAAGAAGAACUAUCAGCUUGUAAAUAUGAGUAUAUAAAAAGCAGCAUCAUGUAGGUGUCAUCAUGGAGAUCAUA